GAGAGGAAGCACUGCACUUCACCAGGAUGUCUCUGAAAUGCGUUUCAGUUCUGCUGCUGCUGCUACAGCUGAGCUGCUGCUUCAGCUCUGGGAGCUGUGGGAAGGUGCUGGUGUGGCCUAUGGAAUUCAGUCACUGGAUGAAUAUGAAGACAAUCCUGGAUGAACUUGUCCAGCGAGGCCAUGAAGUCACCGUCCUGAGAUCUUCAGCUUCUAUUGUAAUUGGUUCCAACAAUGAAUCGGGAAUUAAAUUUGAAACUUUCCAUACAUCCUACAGUAAAGAUGAAAUCGAGGACCUUUUCAUGGAUUGGUUCUAUAUAUCGAUAUAUAAUGUGUCAUUAGAGAAUUACUGGGAAACCUUUUCAUUAAUGAAAAUGUUUGUUUUAAAAUAUUCUGACAUUUAUGAAGCUAUCUGCAAAGAAGUCGUUUUGAACAAGAAACUCAUGACAAAGCUGCAGGAAUCAAGAUUUGAUGUUGUUCUUGCAGAUCCUGUUAGUCCUGGUGGUGAGCUGCUGGCUGAGCUACUUAAAAUACCCCUCGUGUACAGUCUUCGUGGCUUUGCUGGCUACAUAUUGCAAAAGCAUGGUGGAGGACUCUUAUUGCCUCCUUCCUAUGUACCUGUUAUGAUGUCUGGUCUAAGCAGUCAAAUGACAUUCAUGGAGAGGGUGCAAAAUCUGCUAUGCAUGCUUUACUUUGACUUUUGGUUCCCAAAAUUCAAUGAGAAGCGAUGGGAUCGAUUUUACAGUGAAGUACUGGGAAGACCUGCUACAUUCUUGGAGCUAUUGGGGAAAGCUGACAUGUGGCUCAUUCGAAGCUACUGGGACUUGGAGUUUCCUCGUCCACUUUUACCAAACUUUGAUUUCAUCGGAGGGCUCCACUGCAAACCUGCCAAACCUCUGCCUCAGGAGAUGGAAGACUUUGUGCAGAGCUCUGGAGAAGAGGGAGUGGUGGUGUUUUCCCUGGGGUCAAUGAUCAGCAACCUGACAGAAGAAAGGGCCAAUGUGAUUGCAUCAGCCUUUGCCCAGCUGCCACAAAAGGUUCUUUGGCGAUUUGAAGGCAAGAAACCAGACACGAUAGGAUCCAACACUCGGCUCUAUAAGUGGAUACCCCAGAAUGACCUUCUUGGUCAUCCAAAAACCAAGGCUUUUAUAACUCAUGGUGGAGCCAAUGGUGUCUUUGAGGCAAUCUACCAUGGCAUUCCUAUGGUGGGCCUUCCUUUGUUUGGAGAUCAACUUGAUAACAUUGUCUACAUGAAGGCCAAGGGAGCAGCUGUUAAGUUGGACUUGAAAACAAUGUCAAGUGCAGAUUUGCUCAAUGCCUUGAAGACAGUCAUUAAUGACCCUUCCUAUAAGGAGAAUGCCAUGAGGUUAUCAAGAAUUCACCACGAUCAGCCCAUGAAGCCGCUGGACCGAGCAGUCUUCUGGAUCGAGUAUGUCAUGCGCCACAAAGGAGCCAAACACCUUCGGGUUGCAGCCCACGACCUCACCUGGUACCAAUACCACUCUCUGGAUGUGAUUGGGUUCCUUCUGGCCUGUGUGGCAAUCACUACUUACCUUGUCAUGAAAUGUUGCCUUCUUGUUUAUCGAAAUGUUGUUGGGUCAGGAAAGAAGAAAAAGAGAGAUUAGAGCUUAUUAAUUUCUAAGGCUGUUAAUUUACCAGAGUUGAAAUCAUUCCUUUUAUAUCAAAGACUAUGUGUCAUUGUGUGGAAGAUGGUCCUUCUCAUUUGGUCAGACCUGUGCCUUCCUGAUUUUUCCAAAUGUUUCAUUCUUGAUUAAACAUUUAGAAACACACAACUCAAAUUGCAGAGAUCCUCAAGUAAUACUACUUUAAUCACAGCACUGAAAAAUGAGACUCACUGGAACUUUAACCUGCUGGUGGUUGAGGAGUGUAGCCUGAAGUUUUCAUGUGCAUUUCCAGAAACAUCAUCUAUUGAAUUCAAUACAAUCAAGUAGAACAUUUGUAUCCAAACCAAAGAAAACCAGAGCCAAAUCCUUGUAAGGAGGGGUACACAGAUUUUACCAAGAUUUCCAUGAAAAUAAGAGAGAUUCCAGGAUAAACUGACCUGAACCGUAACUAACUCAAAGUGUCUGUGAUAUUAAAAAAGAUGAAAAGUGAGGGUUGAGUAGAAAGAGUGUGAACCACAAGUAAGAAAAGUAUUUUAUGUAAAAGGAACAUUAGAGAAGAAUGAAGUAGAAAAUCACUAAAAGUGAUUAUCAAGGUGUGCUAGAAAAAGUCCAUUUUGCAAUUUGACAAAAUUGUGUUUUCUUCAGCAAAACUAAGCCAUGGAUGACAGGUUCACCUUUAGGGAUAUAGCACGUGACCCAGGGCAGAUGCAAGACUGAGCAACCUUCCUCAAGUCUUUCAGCACGGUGCUUAGGAAACGCUUUUGUACUACAUGGGGUUCAGAGUUCACAUUUCUCAUGAAAUACAAAACAUGUCAUCAAGAAAAAUUCUUUUUGACUUGGAGGACCCUAACACUUACUAAUUAAAUCUGUGUAAUCUUGUAAAUUAUUUGGUUAGAAAGGUGAGAUAUAUUUUCUACACUAUGCCUUGAAAAUGCUUGAGUUACAAUUUUUGCUUUAUUCAAUAUAUACAAAUCCAGAUUUCCCUUCUCCUAUAGGAUGAUCUUCCAUUACUUAGCCCUGCCUUUUCAAAUCAGAUACUUCCAACUAAUUUAAUAACCAGGAUACUGAGGAUAUGGAAAACAGAAGUUUUUUUGUUGUUUUUUUUUUAAAUUGUAGUCUCCCCUCGCAAUACAUAGAAUAUAACAUUGUGGAUGGCAUGAAAAGCUAUUUAUCGUGCACACCAAUUUUUAAAACGUAUUUUGGAGAAAGUUGUUUAAAUGGAAAAAUAUCUCCAUGUCUUGCCUUUAAACAUUGUUUACCAAAGCCUUUGGACACAGAAGGGAGAUGGCAAAGUUAACAUAGAGAACAAAGAAAACAAGUAGAUGAUAAAUUUUAGCCUAAUAAGAGAUAUUUUUAACAGUCAUGUGGGACAGAAGCCUAAAUAAGAUUUGCAAGCACUCUUCUGCACUACAAACUAAUUUUUAGCAAUAAUCGUUAAUGUAAAUACUUGUGAUAAUUAUGUGCAUAAUAAUAAAAGGACAAGUGCUUUCUUUUAUUAAACUUUUCAUUAAUGUAUUGUUACAGGAGAGGAAACUUAUACAUGUCCAUUAUUAUGAAUAAUGAAGUUCUACAUACAUUGCAAAAGCAAAAUUCAAGUCUCUUUCUAUAUACUCAUGAAGUAACCAACACGGAUUCAAUAAUGAUGUUGUUAAAAUCAAGCUUUGUUUCGGCUGGUGCCGUGGCUUAACAGGCUAAUCCUCCGCCAAGCGGUGAUGGCACACCGGGUUCUAGUCCUGGUUGGGGUGCCGGAUUCUAUCCCAGUUGCCCCUCUUCCAGGCCAGCUCUCUGCUAUAGCCCGGGAAGGCAGUGGAGGAUGGCCCAAGUCCUUGGGCCCUGCACCCGCAUGGGAGACCAGAAGAAGCACCUUGCUCCUGGCUUCGGAUCAGCGAGAUGCGCUGGCCGCAGCGGCCAUUGGAGGGUGAACCAAUGGCAGAAAGGAAGACCUUUCUCUCUGUCUCUCUCUCUCUCACUAUCCACUCUGCCUGUCAAAAAAAAAAAAAAGAAAGAAAAUCAAGCUUUGUUUCAAAAUCCAGUCACAUAAAUAAAUAUAUUUGAAUAUAUAUAUAAAUAUAGAGUGAUGAUCCAAGCAGUUUUGUGAUUUCUUUUAUUUUUUGAGAAAUCUUAACACAUGAAGCAAACUACAUAUCAAUAAUUAGGAAAUAUGCAGACAUGAUACACUUGGCACUGGAUCAUAAAAAGCAAAUUGUACAUUAAAUCUUCAAUAUAAUAAAAUCAUUCCUAAGAUUCCUGUUUCAAUAUCUAUUGAUUACUAUAAAAUUCAAAUGUUUUAGUAUUCAAACAUUUUAAAUACAGAUAGUCAAGUUAAAUUGAUAGAAUUGGAAAAACAGAACUUAUACAAAAUUCUUCAUUUUUAUUAUUAUCUGUGUGUUUCUUGCUUAUAUCAAAUACACUACUUAAAGGUAUGAACAGGCAAACUCCAUAGAAUCUGGAGGAAUUUCAAUUAAUAGUGAACUUCAUCUUGCAAAUGAUCUGUUCUUAGACUAUCUCUGUCAGAGACGAAUUGUAUAACUAUGAGACGUCAUUUAAUUUCAUACAGAAUACAAUGCUUACUAAAGUAUAUGUAAUACAUGUACACUAACUAGAAGUCUUCUUUGCAUAUUAUAAAGUAUUUUACUUAAUCUUAUUGAGGAGAUCAUUUAACAUAAGUUCUUAGAAGCCAACAAGAACAACAGAUUUAAAGAGUGGAGCCUUGGAAGAGAUGUGUCUUCCUGCAUCUAACACUUUUCAGUGACACUCUAGGGUCCUUGGUUGAUGAAGCUCAACAUUCAUCCAGCUGACAGACACGAAAUACUUACAGGGUCUAGAUUCAAUAUCACAAAGUUGUAUUUGAGGCAAAGACAAAACAAACUAAAAAGUUGGUACAGCGAACAACAAAAUCUCAAAUUUCUCAUUUACUAGCAGCCCAGAUAUGGUAGGCACCUUUGGGCACUAUAUCAUGCUGGGAUACACAGGAGUAAGAGACAUAGUUUUCCCAUGGAAAUGAAAUUCUUCAAAGGGACAGCAUACAGAGGUUCUUAAAAACAUGAACAUAGAGUUAGUUCUUUGAGUGUGAAGUCACAAUGGUAGUCACUUCCCUAAUGUUUACAUACAUAACCAGAAUUGACAUAAUGAUAUGACACAUUUUUGGAGUCAGUAGUAAAUAUCCCAAUCUUGGUUAGAGAAUGUCUAUUCUGUUUUAAACAGAAUUUUAUUCUGUUGUUUAACCCUUAGAUCUCGCCUUUUCUAUAAUAUAUGCAGAAGGGAGAGAGAAAUUUUAGAAGAAAACCUUGGCCACUUCCAAUAUGAAAACUGAAAAAUUCCAUGAAAAAGUUCCAAAGUAAAAUAAGGAUUAACUAGAGAAAACUGUUUUUAAGGACAAUCAUUAAAAUUCUGUAACCUUUGUUCUAUAAACACACAGCAAAUAGAGAAGCAUUUAUUAGGGGAAAUAUAAGAAACAGAUAAAGUCUUUGUCGUUUAACUGGGGCCUGAUCCUGUUAGCUUCAGUGGUGGUCCUGUUUAGCAUCAGUCCUAUUAGUCAAGAGGUCUGCCUCCACCAUCCCUCCCCAAUGCUUGGGCAGCUUGGAACUAGGGAAACUUCCAUCUACUCAGGUGGCAGUGAGAGUAGAACAGGAAAGUAAACACAUGGCUUGGUACUGGAACUUAGUAUAGCCAUGCCAGAGUAAAAUAAAACACUGAGAAAAAAAGAGCAACCAUCGUCUCCAGCUCAGUGACCCUCAAGAGACCCAAAUUAGAACUGGGCUGUAACCCUCACCCCUAGCGGGAUGGACUUAUAUUCUCGAUAUAGCCAUAUCACCUGUGGCUGGCUGGAGGUGCCUUAAGCUGUAGAUAGACUAAAGCAACAGAGAGAUUAUAUCACAUGGGCCACUCAUUAUCUCAGGGCACUGUAGGUUUUGGAUAUGAUUCUGUAUUGUGCCAACCACAGUGAUCAUGAGAUUAAUCAUUGUAUCCUCUCUUCAACAUCAGACAGCACAAGAAAUAGUCACUGUCAACUUAGAGAAAAUUAAGGAAGGUGGGUACAAGUCACUGCUUAGCAUCCAAGCGCUGAGUCCUCCACAGUGAGGCCUAGUGCAACGAGAAUCCCAUGGUUCCUGCCUGCAGGCCAAUGACUGUGGGUGGGGCAUUCAGAACUGCCUGGCUCAAGCACAGGCUCAGACCAAGCAGGGAUGGACUACUUUCUUUAAGCAGCCUCCCUACCUUCAUCCCAACCUCCCAUUCAUCCUCAUUUGUUCCAAACUUGACCUCUACAGUGGAACAGUGAGAGCGCACCCACCCACUAUGAAGCCAACCUGGAUUUACAGCACCAUCUCACACUGAACUAGCAACAGUGAACACAAGCUCAGGAACAGAAAAGCCUGUUCAAGUUCUAAAGACUAAAAGAAAGCCUAUUCCUCCCAUGUGUUGAAGCUGACUACACCAACAAGCAUCAAGAACUUUAAAUGGACACAAGAGCCAGGCCAAGAUGGAAACCACCAGGCAGAAGCACCAAAGAACAGGAGCAAAUGGGGAGGUGAGUGCGGGCUCUGGGAAGCAGGUCUUCAGCCGACAGCCCUUGGAAGUCCGCAUUUCCAGGAAGAGGCAGGAGAUGUACACUGGGAUCUCCCUGGUGCUGGGGCUGGCUUGGGUGGAUCAUAUUUUGAAAGUCUUUUCUCAUCCACAGUUAUAUAUGAUUUGCUGCUCAUAAAACUAAAGCGUUGUUGGUUCUGUGUUUAGCUGUCCUCCUAUAGGUUCCUAUGGACUUUUUCCAGCCACUUCUACUGUAUUCAGUACUUUGGGAUGGCUCUGUAAACAGAUGAAGCCAAUAAUGUAUUAACAGUACCAACUGAAAGUAUGGUUAACUGAGGUUACUAAAAAGAAAAAGCAAUUCAAAUCAAUUGGCAAUCUACAAAAAGAGUUAAAGAUUUUAAAAGCUAUUAUUAAAAUUGCUAUAUUGGUCUACUAUGCUAUGUUAUAUGUGUGUACAUAUUGUAUGUCCACAUGGGGAAAUUUUAUUAAGAGUUUUAUUUUAAAUGGCUUAUAGAUAAGAUUGUCCAUAAAUUUAAGCUGCUAAAAUCAAUCAAAGAUACAUUUUAAUUUGUGUGACCUGAAUCUGUGUAU